UACGGAGUACCAUAUGUUCCAAUAUCCUUCCUUGAAACUUCAUAUAAAUAUACAUAACCAUAGCCCCGACAUUUCUCAUAGGCAUAACAAAUGAGUGAUUUAAUUCCAAUAGAAACCAAUAGCGUUAAGUGUGAGUACAAAAUGGAUCAGAUAAAACUCAAAGAAACAUGGCCCGCUUGGCUUCCAUAUGCCUGGUCCAUCCAUACACUCACCGAUAAUCCAAAUAUCAAGCAUUAUUCCAAUUCGAGAGGGAGAAGGUUUUUCUCCGAGGAGGAGGCUCUUCGAUUUCUUACAGAACAAUCAAAGAAAAAGGUGAAGCCCAACAAAAUCAACAGGAAAAUUGUUCAAGUUAAUGAUAAAAGUGAAGAAAUUGCACCACAACUAGAAGGGCUUGUUUGGCAAACACCAAAGUGGCCUGAAUGGCUGCCACAAGACUGGUACAUAGAGCAAAGUCAUGAUAACCCUAAUGAUCAGUAUUUCUGUAGUCCAAAAUGGAGGAAGUUUAGAAGCAAGGACGAGGUUCUCCAUUAUCUGAAUCCUAAUUCGAAGAAGAUGAUGCCCAAGAAACCAAGGAAGAAGAGGGUUCAAAAGGCUUAAAGAGUUACUAUAAUUAUAUACUUAACUUUUCUUGUGAACAAGAUCGAUAAUUAAGCAGUACCACCGCACGUAGUGUACAUUUGGUCAAUCCUUUUUUUUUUAAUGCAACGUUGUUUUGGAUGAAGACUAGUGUUUCAUUUCAUAUUUAAUUAAGAUUGUAGUAGUUGGUUUUAGGAGUAUAUCCCAACAUAUACUAUAUUACUAUGUAUGUAAUUUGUGUUUUUCAUGAGAACAAAUGAUGUUUAAUUGAUGAACAUGUUAAA